UCCGAAUCUCUGCCCAAAAGAUUGCAAAGCAAAUAGUUCUAUGUUUGAGUCCGACGGGACGCUCAAAGAUUCAUCAUCUUAUGGAUUUUGGGAAACUGCGUGCGGCUCACUGAUCCUUUUUGGAAGCAAAAUAGUCAAUUGGGAAGAAAACGUAAAGAUUUGCUGCCAGCUUGGCAUGACUCCACUAAAAAUAAACACAUCAGCCAAGCAGUCAUGCUUAAAUUCUAUUGUCAAUGUUUCAACCUGGCGGUACAAUUACAAUUACUGGACGUACGGACUCAAGUUCAACGAUAGCAUCAAAGAAGCGUUUUGGUGGUGCGAUCCAAUAAGUGCGACAGAAGUUUCAAACGGGACAGUUGAAUGGAAAGCGGGACAACCCGACAACAUGGGUGGAAAUGAAAGUUGUCUGCACCUUCAGGUUGUGCAUAAAGAUUCAAAAAUGGUCGUGACCGACCGAAAUUGUGCAGAUGAUUACAUGCUAGCGUGUGAGAGUUUUGUGACAACCCCUGCUCCCAAAUGCACAUCUGGCCGAUGUCCCGACAUUUCUUGCGUUCGAAUCGAGAAACUUUUCCUUGACAAAACGAAAACCAGCAACCCAAAUCCACCUUUGCUAGAUCCUUUUUCCCACGGCUCUUGGCAAAGUGUGAACGGUCGAGCGUAUUUUUUCAGCAAAGAUAAAGCAAAUUGGAACGAAGCGUACAAAACUUGCUGCUCUUUGGGAUUGAAGUUUUUGAGUGUUGAGCAAAAAAAUGAAAUGGACACUCUGUUGAAAGCAAUGAAUACAAAUCCAAAUGUAGAAGAAAUUACGUAUUGGACUUCCGGAAGUGACGCGGACUGCUCUGGAAAACACGCUUGGUGUGCCGUUGGCAAAAUGUUUAGGGAUGUGAUCUGGGACUCUGGAGAACCGGCAAAUUCACUCGACAAAAGUUGUGUUACCAUCUCGCUUUCAAAAUCGAACGCAAAAUUAGGGACUGAGGGUUGCAAGAAAAAUUUUAAUUUUAUUUGUGAAGUCAGAGAUACGUCCAACUCAACAGAUAAUGGGAGGGCCAUAAUGAACGAGUGCGCGCAAAAGAACCAAGAUGUCAACGUUAGUGACAUCGACUUGAGAACAAACUUCGCAAGCCUGGACAGGACAGCUAUGUGCUACUUGAAAUGUGUGGCAGAGGAAGCUGGUUUUCUUAAUUCGUAUGGAGUAAAAGUUGAUACAAAUACGAUUGCCAAGUUGGAAAUUGCCGCUGGAAAUGACACGUCAAAGUUACAAAACGCCUAUGAAAUGGUUGAAGAGUGCGAAAACAAAAAGGGCGCAGAUGACUGCGAGACGGCAAUUUUGAUUUACGAAUGCGGCAAAAGUAAAGCGCCUGAGUUAGUUAAUGAUGUUUUAAACAUGGCUGAAUUGGCACAAGGAGAAGAGGCUCCUUUGCCUAGAAGUGUUGCAAAAUGUUUCACAGACUACCCGUGCAGGACAAAUGUAUUUAGCUUUUGA